CCACACCUUAGCGCCAAUUUCAAUCGAGAUAAGGUUUUCUCUUCAUAUUAAACUUUCUCUCUCUCUACUCUCACUCCUCUCUCUCUCUCUGUCUCUCUGUGGCUCAAUUGUGUGGUUCACACGCUCAAUACGGAGAGAUUAGAGAGAGAGAGAGAGAGAGAAGUGAAGUGAAUUCACUACCGGCAAAGAAUCUUCGGUAAACCCUAGCUACUAUGACUGCUCUUCAAGCUUCUCUCCUGUGCAAGCAUUCAUCACUCUCUCAUUUCUAUCAUUCGAAACACCUUCAACUUUCUCUCUCUAACAAUCGUCGCUCUUCUUCGUUCUAUCUCUUUACACUUGAUGAUAAUUCAACUUUUCUCAAAUCUCGAUUUCGUCGCCGCCGUCUCGUUUUCUCAUGUACACUCCAUCCUGAGGAUGUGAAUUCGAGCCCCGAAUCGAAAAUUUCUGAUAAUGAUUGGAUUUCGGACUUGGGAGAAUCUCGAGCCAAUGAAAUUUCAGGCGAGAAUAAGAGGAUUGAGGGUGGGGAUCUUCCGAGUGUUGGUUCUGAUGUUGAAAGGGAGUUGAGGUCGGAGAAUUCAUUGGGGAAAGGAGAUGCGAAGAGUAGGUUGCCUGUGGUGGUGUUUUUGAUGGGUUUGGUGGCUGCUGCGAAGCGGCUAAUGGAGAAGGUGUUGUUGUCGGAUUGGUUCAAUUGGUGGCCGUUUUGGAGGCAGGAGAAGAGGUUGGAAAUGUUGGUUGCGGAAGCUGAUGCAAAUCCGAAGGACGCAACAAAGCAGAGUGCUUUGUUGGCCGAGCUCAAUCAACACAGUCCUGAGGCUGUGAUCACGCGAUUUGAACAAAGGGAUCAUGCAGUAGACAGUAGAGGAGUUUCAGAAUAUAUUCGAGCUCUUGUUGCCACUAAUGCCAUUGCUGAAUAUCUUCCAGAUGAGCUAUCUGGAAAGCCUUCUAGUCUUCCUACAUUGUUGGAAGAGUUGAAGCAGCGUGCAUCAGGAAACAUAGAUGAGCCCUUUCUGAGUCCUGGCAUAUCUGAGAAGCAGCCAUUGCAUGUGAUGAUGGUUGAUCCUAAAGUGCCAAAUAGAUCGUCGCGCUUCGCACAAGAGCUCAUCUCAACAAUCUUGUUCACUGUUGCUGUUGGUUUAGUGUGGGUACUGGGUGCUGCAGCACUUCAGAAAUAUAUUAGUAGCUUGGGUGGGAUAGGAACUUCGGGCAUGGGCUCAAGUUCUUCUUAUUCCCCAAAGGAACUGAAUAAAGAGAUUAUGCCUGAGAAGAAUGUUAAAACAUUUAAGGAUGUUAAAGGUUGUGAUGAUGCUAAACAAGAGCUUGAGGAGGUAGUAGAGUACCUAAAAAACCCAACAAAGUUUACCCGACUUGGGGGGAAGUUGCCUAAGGGAAUUCUUUUGACUGGAGCACCUGGAACAGGCAAAACUCUUCUUGCAAAGGCUAUUGCUGGGGAAGCUGGGGUACCUUUCUUCUACAGAGCAGGUUCUGAAUUUGAGGAGAUGUUUGUUGGGGUUGGGGCUCGACGUGUAAGAUCCUUAUUCCAAGCAGCAAAGAAGAAGGCUCCUUGCAUCAUUUUCAUUGAUGAAAUUGAUGCUGUUGGCUCCACACGGAAGCAAUGGGAAGGCCAUACAAAGAAAACAUUGCAUCAGUUACUCGUUGAAAUGGAUGGUUUUGAACAGAAUGAGGGCAUAAUUUUGAUGGCUGCAACGAACUUGCCUGAUAUACUUGAUCCAGCUUUGACAAGGCCUGGUAGAUUUGAUAGACAUAUUGUUGUUCCUAAUCCAGAUGUGCGGGGUCGCCAAGAGAUAUUGGAGCUCUAUCUACAAGAUAAACCAUUGGCUGAUAAUGUAGAUGUGAAAGCAAUUGCUCGUGGUACACCGGGGUUCAAUGGGGCAGAUUUGGCAAAUUUAGUAAAUAUUGCUGCCAUUAAGGCUGCUGUUGAAGGUGCUGAGAAGCUAACAGCAGCAGAGUUGGAGUUUGCAAAAGACAGGAUAAUUAUGGGUACAGAGCGGAAAACGAUGUUCAUUUCGGAAGAGUCUAAGAAGCUCACUGCAUAUCAUGAGAGUGGACAUGCACUUGUAGCCUUGAAUACUGAUGGUGCACAUCCAAUUCACAAAGCAACGAUCAUGCCACGUGGAUCUGCUUUGGGAAUGGUUACACAACUCCCUUCAAGUGAUGAGACAUCAAUUAGCAAGAAGCAGUUGUUAGCACGUCUUGAUGUUUGCAUGGGAGGAAGAGCUGCAGAAGAGCUUAUCUUUGGUCAGGACUAUAUCACCACUGGAGCGAGUAGUGAUCUUCAGACGGCUACAGAGCUUGCCCAAUACAUGGUAUCCGCUUGUGGGAUGAGUGACACAAUUGGGCCAGUUCAUAUCAAAGAGCGACCGGGUUCAGAAAUGCAAUCACGCAUUGAUGCCGAAGUGGUGAAACUUCUAAGAGAAGCAUAUGAUCGCGUGAAAGCCUUGCUAAAGAAGCACGAGAAAGCAUUACAUGCAUUGGCAAAUGCACUUUUGGAGUACGAGACAGUAAGUGCAGAAGAAAUCAAGCGAAUUCUUCUUCCUUAUGUGGAGGGACGGUUGCCAGAGCAACAGCAACAACAGCAACAGGAGGAAGAGGAACUUGCAUUGGCUUGAGAGGCUGGAUUUAUACUUGUGUAAUCUUACCCUGCUAAGGUGGGGAGCUCUGUACAGUGUAUACAUAGCACAACAGGUAAAUAUAGAAUCCUAUGACAUGUUUUUCUUGUUGUAACAUGUCAAAGGAUUUUCUGUACAAACAAACACCUCUGAUGUAAUCUUGUGCCCCACAUUAAGAAUUUUAUUUGAUAAAACACCAUCUUUCAUUUGAACUAAAACCCCAUUUUUUUUUUUGGGUAGGAAUAGAUCAAUUAGUUCAUGUAGUUGUUGAAUUAUCAUGAAAAAAAGACAGAAAAAAACUACUCUAAAGUAUAUAUACAUAUAAAUAUAUUUUGCACUAA